AUGUCUCAAAUUCCGUUUUCGAUAGGAGACCAGAGUCUCGACUCACUCCUCUUCAACCUCGACCCUCUCAAACAGAUUCCCGAGCUCUCAGAGAUUAGUACCGCGUACCUAGACGGCAACUACCAAGCAGUCCUCCGCCACGGGACCUCGCAAACACUCUACGCCAUUCUGGUUGACACCCUGGGCUCUUCCAGAAGCCAGCAGGAUGCUGCGCUCCAGAACGCUGGCUUUGAAGGGGACGUUGGGGCUGUCCGGGUCUUGAUCGCGGGGUUGGCGGCCUUCAAUGCGUUUUUGCAGGCUAACGUCACGGGACCGCCGCUGGAGCUCGGGGACGUGUUCCCUGGUGCGAGCCCGAGAGGUGGUGAUGGUGGUGAUGGUGGUGGUGGUGGUUGUGGUGAUGGGGGGAGGGAAGAAGUGAGGGACAAGUGUUUGCGGAGUCUGGAUGUCGAUGGGGUGUCGGUGUAUCAGUACAUGCCGCACGUGGAGCUCCUCUGCCUUGCCCGGCUGGUCUUCACCGUCUUCUUCCCGCGGAUCGUCGGCGCCGGGUUCAGAGACUCAAAGUGGAUGCGCGUGCGGAUCAACGCGUACCACCAGCGACUCUUGUCGGGGGUCGCUGGUCGGAGGUUGAGUGAGUCCACGGUGCUGCAGGAUGCGAUUGAGGGCGAUCUGAAGGAGCUGGAGAGGGAGGUGCUGGGGGCGAGCUCGACCUUUUCGACGGAGGCCAAGGUGCAGUUUCUACUUGAGAAGGCGCAGAUUUAUAUCCAGCAGGGUCUGGACAUCAAAGCGAGGGAGAAUGUGAAGAUGGCAAAGACGGUGUCCGGAUUUGAUUAUGCGCUUUCGGGGGCGUUGGGGAAGAGAACAAAGUUUCAGCAGAACGACCUGUCGCAGUUGGUUGUCUUUGCGAAGAGUAGUGAUGCUGAGGAUGCGUCAACUAAUGGAUUGGUGGAGGGGCUGAUGGGGAGCUCGAUCUCGAAUGGGGAUACGGCGAAACCCGAGUCGCUGCAACUCAAUGAUGAUACACUUUUGGAGACUAUCGAAUUUACUACGGACAAAGUCGACGCCUCGAACUUUCCUCCUCGGCUUGCUGGCCUCUCACCAAACGCUCAGCCUCAACUCAAACCACUAGAUCAAAUCACUCUUCUCACAGAAGCUACCAUCAAAGACGCCUUCCUUCCACUCGAUAAGCUCAACAGCGAGGAGAUCCUCCCCUACGCUCUCCGUGUUCUAGCCGACAAGCCUACCAACUGGCAAAUCUACACGCAAGCCCUGCUCGUGCGGAGCAGAAUCGAGUCGCAUCGCUCCCGCACUCAAGAGCGCAGUAUCUUGCAAUUGCAAGUCAUCGUGGAUCAGAUAAUUGCAGAUACGCAAGAAGAGCCAUGUUCUUCUCCCGACGGCGUACCUGAAAUCCGCGUUUCUCAGUUCCUGCCCCGGGCCAAGGCAUCGGAAUCGGCUCCCAUAGCCGAACGUCUGAAGUACAUCUACCAACUCAACACCCCCACACGAUGGGAACUCGAGACGGAACUCGCGUACGCCUGGUCCAGCGUCGGCAGUUUCGUGUCGGCCCUGGAAAUCUUCAAGCGUCUCCAGCUCUGGGCCGAGACAGCACUGUGCUACCACACCGUGGGACAGGAAGACAAAGCUCGCCAGAUCGUUCGUCGGCAGCUCUACUUCUCGUCCAAAGGCCCCGAGAUGGAUCGAUAUCACGUCGAUGCUGCCGAACUCGUCACGGAGAACUGGGAAGGUGAGAUGCGCCCCACGCCUGCCCACGCCCCUCGGCUGUGGUGCAUCCUCGGCGAUCUCGAAAACGACCCUGCGUGCUGGACCCGCGCCUGGGAGAUCUCGAAGCGGAGAUACGCUCGCGCGCAACGCUCGCUGGGAGAGUACUACGUCAAAUCUGGGGAUCUGGCCAAGGCCCGCGAGGCGUACAUGCACGCGACCGUCGUCAACCGACAGAACAACGACUCCUGGGCUCGCCUUGGAGACCUGGAUCUCCGGAGCGGGAACUGGGAUGGCGCGAUAGUGGCGUUCCAGCAGAGUAUCAUGAUUGACGACACGGACGCGAAGACCUACUCCAACCUGGGCUCUGCCCUCGUAUCCAAGCACCAAGAGCUCGUCACGAUGGCGAAAGCCGCCGCGACAGACGACGAGGAUGAUGGAGCCAUCUCCUCCUCCUCCUCCUCCUCCCCCGCCCAGUCCGAAAAGAAGAAGAAAAAGAAGAAGAAGAGGAAGCAGCAAGAAGACCCCAAAGCGAUCCUAACCCAAGCCCUCUCAGCCUACAAGCGCGCCGCGGCCCUCGCCCACACCAACUGGCAGAUCUGGGACAACGUCAUCACCAUCGCCGGCCGCAUCUCCCCCCGUCCGGCCUUCGGCGACCUCCUCCUCGGUCUGCGCAACCUCAUCCAGCUCCGCGCCCCCGCCAUCGGCGAGCGCGCCAUCGACGUCCCCGUCCUGCGCCUCCUCGUCGCUGAAGUCACGGCCACGGAGCGCGAGGACGAGGACAAGGACAACACAAACGGCGGCGGUAAAUACAUCCCCCCACGCGGCUCCCUCGCGCGCGCCCUCAUCGCCUUCGUCGAAGAGGUCGUCGUCCCUCUCGUUACGGCCCGCGCCGAUAUCUGGGUGCUGGUCGAGCGGCUGGCGCUCUACCAGCGGGACUACGAGCAGGCGCUGCGCUGCGCGGAGAAGGCGUGGCGGCUGGUGGUUAAUGGUAGUAGCAGUCGCAGCAGCAGUAGUAGUAUUGGUGGUAGUGGUAGUAUUGGUGAUGGUAGUGCAGGCGGUGAGUGGCUAGUCGCAGAGGAAGCAUGGCGGGAAGUAGUGAGCGUUACGGAUCACCUGGUGAGCGCGUACGAGAACUACGGGCCGAUGGAGCGGGUAAGUGGCGGUGGCGGUGGCGAUGGCGACGGCGGCGCGAUGGUGCUGGUGCCGGUGGAGGCAGCGUGGAAGGCGAAAGCGCGGAGUGCUGUGAGGGGGGUGAUGAGCAAGGCGAGGGAUGCGUGGGAGGGGAGUGAUGCGUGGGAGGUGCUGGAGGCGAGGUUGGAGGAGUUGAAGAAGUAA